UGUGGGCAGGAGUGUUGCCAAAAACAGAUAGCUAGCUAGAAAGUGGUCGUUAGAAACAUUCGAAAGUGUUUCUCUUUCUUUUGCUGUGGAAGCAAACGAUUCGAUACUAACCAAGGAAUAAGGACCGACUCCGUUCAAGCCAUUGACUGUUUUGCCAGAGGAAAACUAAAUAGCAAGCUACCUAUUUAGCUUGCCAGCCGCUAGUUUUUGCGUGUUUCAUUUUAAAUAGACAGCUAGCUAGCCUGCUAAAUUUCAGCAAUCGAAUUUAUCUGCAGUCGGGAACAACAUAUGAUAUCUCAGCAGUUUUAAUUUUUAGUAGCUAGUUUGUCAAGCAGAAACGUAACGUCUCGAUUGGUAGACUUUAAAAGAAAAACGGCUACAACUUUCGGGUAGCUUUCAAGAUUGAUUUUUAAAGGCUGAAGGCAUGGAAUCUACAAAAGCUGGGGGAGUGAUAGCGUACAUCCGCUCCUCAAGCUCUGUCUCCAGUCCUGAGUCCUGUCACAGCGACAGCUCCAACAGCAGCUACCAGUCAUCCUCCUCGCCCCUAUCCCUGUCGCCAGGCCAGAACAAAAACACCCACGCCAGCACCCCCCUCGCUAUGCCCAGAUCCCGUGCCCAUGGGUCAGACAAGACAGGACGCGGUGCCUCCACUGCCAAGUGUGGCAUUACGAAGAUCAACGGCAUGGUGCUGUUGUGUAAGGUGUGCGGAGACGUGGCGUCCGGCUUCCAUUAUGGGGUGCAUGCCUGUGAGGGAUGUAAGGGCUUCUUCAGGAGAAGCAUUCAGCAGAACAUCCAGUACAAAAAGUGUCUGAAGAAUGAGAACUGUCCCAUCAUGCGCAUGAACAGGAACCGCUGCCAGCAGUGCAGAUUCAAGAAGUGUUUGUUUGUCGGAAUGUCAAAAGAUGCGGUCCGGUUUGGACGCAUCCCAAAGAGGGAGAAACAGCGGAUGCUGCUGGAGAUGCAGAGUGCCAUGAACAACAUGAUGAACAACAACCAAAUGCACAGUCAGCUUACUGCAACCCUGACUCCGCCCUACGCAGCCGAACCAACCCCCGAGGACUCUACCUCCAGCUCCUCCCCCUCCUACUCACCCGCGUCUUCGCCCGAGCGCUCCCAGGAGUCCAGCUCCGACAGCGAGCCCCUGGUUGCCAUGGACACCUCCAUGAGCUCCGCCUCCUCCUCCUAUUCGUCAGACAGCGGGGAGGAUGAGGUCAUUGGCACUGUGACGAGGGCACACAAGGAGACCUUCAUGUACAACCAGGAGCAUUCAAAAGCCCCUCCCUCCCCAGCUGUUGCCGAGCGAGGGGGCGACGGCAGCGUGGUGGACUGGAACCGCCGGAACAACCGCUCCACGGUCACCGGCCACCACCUGCCCAGUGGCACAGUCCAGCCUGUCACCAACAGACUCUGUAGCGACAACCCGCAUGGCCACUGCCCGACCCAGCAGUUCAGCAAUGCCCUGAGAGGCCACUGUCCAGCCUACGCACACAGCCUGCCCCACAGGGGCUACAUCACUGAACCUGUGGUCAACAGCAGGCAGUUGUGGACAGAGGGCAACAGAAUGCACCUGGUGUGUCCCAUGAGCGUUUCUCCUUAUGUGGAUCCGUGCAAGUCAAGCCACGAGAUCUGGGAGGAGUUCUCCAUGAGCUUCACGCCAGCUGUGCGGGAGGUGGUGGAGUUUGCCAAGAAAAUACCGGGCUUCCGUGACCUCUCUCAGCACGACCAGGUCAGCCUCCUGAAGGCUGGGACGUUUGAGGUAUUAGUGGUGCGCUUUGCAUCCCUGUUCGACGUGAAAGACCGCACAGUGACCUUCCUAAGCGGUAAGAAGUACAGUGUGGAGGCGCUGCGGUCCAUGGGUGCGGGAGAGCUGCUGAACUCCAUGUUUGAGUUCAGCGAGAAGCUUUCCACCCUGCAGCUGAGCGAGGAGGAGAUGAGCCUCUUCACUGCUGUCGUCCUGGUUUCUGCCGAUCGCUCAGGGAUUGAGAAUGUGAAUUCGGUGGAAGCACUCCAGGAGAACCUGAUCCGAGCCCUGAGGAGUCUGAUCAUGAAGAACCACUCCAACGAGGCAGCCACCUUUACCAAACUGCUCCUCAAACUGCCCGACCUCCGUUCCCUCAACAACAUGCACUCUGAAGAGCUCCUGGCCUUCAAAGUGCAUGCCUGAACCUGGCCUCUUUUUCUGACCCACAGACCCUCUGCAUUCUCCUCGACAUUCCAGCAACUCUGUCAAGUGUUUUACUGUGUAGAAUGUUGUUGUACAAGUACAAUUUACUUGUACAAUUUCCUCACGAAAUUGGUUUGUGGACAAAAGUGAGUAAAAGGCAAGAAGAAAAGUCAGUCACUGUACACUGUAUGGCUAAUAAACCUUCUUGUGGUGGUAACGCAUACAAAUGUGCGUGCACACGCAUGUGAGCGGUGUGCUCGGAUGUAAAUUCAAAAAGCACCUUUUUCGUUGUAGAGUGAAAGAAGUAUAUCUGCUUUGUGAGUACAGUAUGGACCCUUGUAUUGGCUAGUUGAGUUUUGUAUAAUUUCAGACAAUUUAUUUCUGUCCAAAGUGUAGUGCACAUAGGCAGUGUGAAUGUGGCAUGUAUUCAGGUGCAAGGAGGCUGAAGACUAAAACCUCACAGCUGGGUCUGGCCACUACAGGGUGAGGGCAAAAAAAUGUAGAAUGUGGUAUGUGCUGCUAAUGCAUGGCUAUAUGCUAUCCUGUUUGACCUGUGGGUAUGCUGCACUUCUGCCUGUUCAGAGAAAGAGCUUGGUUGCCAGGAAAUUUCAAUGGCAUGUUUGUAAAUUUCAUGUGAAUUGUGCAAUUCCGUACAAGUCUACUAUUAUUAUUGCAAGUGUAUAUUUUGCCCUUAACAGUCUGGCAGUAGUUAACGAGAAAAACCCAACUCCAGAGUAACAUUAUUUUACACUGCCACCUGCUGAGGAGUCUUUAUUACUGCAGAUCUCAGUGACACUUCAGCGGUUGAGAAGCUCUGUCGUAGGAGGAGCCACAGACCACAGAAACUGCAUGCAGGUCCAGUCAGAGGCAGUGUUGUCUUUCACUUUUAUGCAUAUACGUAUGAGGCACAUAAAUGCCGACGUGUAUAAGCUUAAUAUGCCUGUGUCUUCAACUACUGUGUGAGGAGGGAAUGAUUCGCGUGGCAUGGGAGUGAGGGGUCUGGACUAAGGCACUGCUGCCACUCUCACAGCCCUGCCAGGCUUGGUGCUGCUGGAUGGAGUAAUUUAGUACUGUGAUUGUAAUACUUCUUUCAUCGUUUUCUUUUUUUACCAUGUAAAUCCACAGCACAAGUGUUUAAGUGUAUAUGUAAACGGGCAUCACUUAUCAGUAAACCUGUGUUGUAUGGAUAUUUCAAGGACAGCGUCCAGCACAGGAACAAUCAUCCAGCUUGUCAGUCACGCAAAGGGCAAAUCAGCCAUUUGUCCAUAUGCCUGGAGACUAGUAAUAUGAAUCUGACCUUCGUGUCCUUUUUUUUGUGAGCACUGUCUCGCCUUAGACUCCACAGAUGGACCAGAGGGAGACUCUGGGGUCAUUUAUCGGUUGAUCAGAGGUCAUUCCAUCCCUCUUUCCCCAAUGGAGUGCGUGCAGCUCUGACCAUUUAUGUUUC